AUGUCUGACACUGCCGGUAAAUCGAUUUUCUGUAAGGCUGCUGUUUUGAGACAGUUCAACAAGCCUUUAUCACUUGAGGAAAUCGAGGUCUUACCUCCAAAGGCUCAUGAAGUGAGAGUUAAAGUUUUGGCCAAUGCCAUGUGCCACACUGAUUAUUACAGUUGGAGCGGCGCUGACUCGGAAUUGAAUGAUGACGGAUUGCCAGUCAUUUUGGGUCACGAAUGUUCCGGUGUUGUGGAAUCUAUCGGUGAAGGUGUUGAAGGUGUAAAGGUCGGUGACCAUGUCAUUGCUCUUUAUACUGCUGAAUGUCGUGAAUGUAAAUUCUGCAAGAGUGGUAAAACCAAUUUGUGUGGGUCUGUUAGAGCCACCCAAGGUAAAGGUCUUAUGCCUGAUGGCACCACAAGAUUCAGAAGCAAGGAUGGUAAGCCAAUCUAUCACUUCAUGGGAUGCUCUGGGUUCUCUCAAUACACAGUCCUUGCUGACGUUUCUGUUGCGGUGAUUGAUCCAAAGGCUCCACUUGACAAGGUUUGUCUCUUGGGUUGCGGGGUCACAACUGGUACCGGUAGCGUCUUCAACGUUGCCCAGGUCGAUGAAAACGAAGAAGCCCAAGCUGCCGUUUUUGGUAUUGGUGCCGUUGGCCUUGCUGUCAUUGAUGGUCUUAAGAUUAGAAAGGCAAAGAAGAUUAUUGCUAUUGAUAUCAAUGAUGGAAAGGAAGAAUGGGCUAAGAAGUGGGGCGCCACCGAUUUCAUCAACCCAACCAAAUUGAAGGAAGGUGAAACUAUUGUCAGUAAAUUGAUUGAAAUGACCGACGGUGGCUGUGAUUACACCUUUGACUGUACUGGUAAUGUUAAAGUUAUGAGAGAUGCUCUUGAAGCUUGUCAUAAGGGUUGGGGUACCUCAGUUAUUAUUGGUGUUGCUAGUGCCGGUAAAGAAAUCGCCACCAGACCUUUCCAAUUGGUCACAGGUAGAGUUUGGAAAGGUUCGGCCUUCGGUGGUGUCAAGGGUAGAACUCAAUUACCAGGUUUUGUUGAUGACUACAUGAAGGGUGAAUUGAAGCUCGAUGAAUAUAUUACCGGUUACAAGUCAUUUGACAAAGUCAAUGAAGCCUUUGAUGACUUGCACUCUGGGAAUGUUAUCAGAACUGUUGUUAACAUGUGGGAAUAA